UGGCGACCCAGCCUACGGAGAGACGCUCCUCCCAGCAUGCCUAGCGGCCGGGCCGGAGCCGAGGCGGAGUGAUGGAGAUCCGGCGGGACCCUGCGAGUGGCCGGGACUGAGGCGCAGCCGUGGGCCUGAGCGUUGGACGCUCGCCGAGAGCUGAAAUGGAGACGUGGCGCUGUGUGCGGAGGGGCUACGGCCGCUGUGUGGUGGGGCGAGGCCGGUACUCCAUGUUUCCCCAUCCACUGAAGAGUUGGGGUCGAGACUGGAGCACACCGUGGGAGGAUCUGCAGAGGUAUUGCUGGAACAGACACAUUUCCAGUUGUCUGCGGUGGCCUGGACACUACGCCCGUGCGCCUUACCCAUACUUGAGCAGCAGGCAUUUCGCACUGAACUGCAGACCACCUCUUCUGGUUGACUCUGGGACUCAGUUUCAGUUCUAUAAUUGGAGACCUGACCAUCUGCACAACACAUCCUUAUUCCAUCUCUCCAGUUACGUCAUGAGCUCUGACAGAGAUGAGCCCUCAUCCAAACGAAGAAAAUGCCAUGGAACAAUAAAAAGGAAUUGGGAGUAUUUAUGUAGCCAUAAUAAAGAAAAAAUGAAGGACGGAGAAGACAAGAAUGCCGACUCCACGUGUGAGGACAGUGAAGGAAAAUUCGACUUUUCAGUGAUGUCUUACAAUAUCCUCUCCCAAGACUUACUGGAGGAUAACUCGCACCUCUACAGACACUGCCGGCGUCCAGUGUUACACUGGAGCUUCCGGUUCCCCAAUAUCCUGAAAGAAAUCAAACAUUUUGAUGCCGAUGUGCUUUGUCUGCAGGAAGUUCAAGAAGAUCAUUAUGGAACAGAAAUCAGGCCAAGUCUGGAAUCACUGGGUUAUCACUGUGAAUAUAAGAUGAAAACAGGCAGGAAACCUGAUGGCUGUGCCAUUUGCUUCAAACAUGCCAAAUUUUCACUCCUAUCCGUGAACCCAGUGGAAUUCUGCCGUCGUGACAUUCCUCUGUUGGACAGAGACAACAUUGGAUUAGUGUUACUCCUGCAGCCCAAGAUGCCACGUGCAGCCUCUCCCUCCAUCUGUGUAGCUAACACUCAUCUGCUGUAUAACCCACGGCGAGGUGAUAUUAAGCUGACUCAAUUGGCAAUGCUGCUCGCAGAGAUUUCCAGUGUGGCCCAUCGGAAAGACGGCAGCUUCUGUCCCAUCAUCAUGUGUGGUGACUUUAACUCUGUUCCUGGUUCUCCACUCUAUAGUUUCAUAAAGGAAGGAAAAUUGAAUUAUGAAGGACUUGCAAUUGGAAAGGUAUCUGGCCAGGAACAGUCAUCUCGGGGACAGAGAAUCUUAUCUAUUCCAAUUUGGCCCCCAGACCUGGGCAUCUCCCAGAGCUGUGUGUAUGAGACACAGCAGGUUCCCAGAGCAGGAAAGACAGACAGCGGUCUGACGGAGGCCCCGCUGGAGAAGGCAGAGGUUGGAGUGUCAGCUGAAAAUGUGUCUUCACAUCUCCAGCACCACUUCAGCCUGUCAUCUGUUUACUCUCACUACCUUCCUGACACCGGACUUCCAGAGGUGACCACCUGCCAUUCCCAGAGCGCCAUAACUGUUGACUAUAUUUUCUACUCUGCAGAAAAGGAGGACGCUGCUCGGGGUCCAGGAGCUGAAGUUGCUUUGGUUGGUGGCUUGAAACUUCUAGCUAGACUGUCGCUUCUUACAGAGCAAGACCUGUGGACCGUGAAUGGGCUUCCCAAUGAACACAACUCCUCAGACCACCUGCCUCUGCUGGCUAAGUUCAGGCUGGAGCUCUGACUCAGUGCUCACUCACACAGCUUCCUGUCUUCUCAAAGACUAUGAAGAUACUGUUUGCAUGAUACUCAUUUUUGUGCUGUGGGGUUCUGAACUUGCUUGAGCAGAUUGGAAGGAACACGUUUACAACAGCUUUUUAAUGGAAUAUUUUUCUGACAACGAUGUCUAAACACUUUAUUGUAAAAGAUAGAAAUAACUUUUAAGUCCUGGUGAAGUUAACAGCAUUUUUAAAAUGUAGUUCCUCUCCUUGGCCCUCCAGCUAUGAACUUAGUACAUCCGGUGGACCUCCGGAACUAGCAGAGCUCAGGCGUUGCCUCUCAUGGAGGUCUGGUUUCACUGGGAGAAGUCUGUGCUUGCUGAGAGCUAAUCAGUUCUUAGGAGUCACUGGUCAUUCAGUCACAGGUGUCCAACCACAGUAGCUCCUCCAGGGCUUGAUGUGCUCUUGAGUUGAACAAAUGCUGACCCACUUCACUCCAUCCUGAGCUGUGGGACAUGCCUACACUUUGUAGGGGAAAUACUUGAGGAAUAUAGGUCAUUCUCAUAAGAGGGCAAAGCUCUUAGCCAGCAUGGUGGUACGUACCUUACAUCUUAGCAUUUGGGAGGUGGAGGCAGGAUUAGCAUUUAAAACCAACUUUAGCAACAUAGCAAAUUUGAGACCUGGGCUACAUGAAACCCUGUCUUAAAAAAAAGCUGGAUUGGUGGUGUCCCAUGCUUUUAAUCCCAGCACUCAGGAGGCAGAGGCAGGCAAAUCUAGUUCAAGCCCAGCCUGGUCUACAGACUGUGUUCCAGGACAGCCAGGACUACACAGAAAAACCUGUAUCCAAAAAAAAAAAAAAAAAAAAAGAGGUCCAAGUGCUUUAUCUAAGCCCACUCCUGUCCUGUCCAGGGGUUGCCCCAAGGAGAGCAGAUGAGCCAGGAGCAGCCAUGCACGUGUGUAGUGCUAGCAUCCAGGAGACAGGCAGGAGCACUGCAUGUUCAGGGUCAGCUGGGCUACACAGCAAGACCCUGACUCAAAGAUAGACAAGAAGGCGGCAAACCCUGGCUUGUAACUGUGUCCCCCUGUACUUCCCUUUCUGUUUGGUGACAGUAGAAGACCCUUGGGUCAGGAGUGACAUUUUGUCGACCCAUUUUAUAUAAAUUUUAGAAAAUCAGUCUUUGGAAGAAAGCGGCAGCUCUACUCCUAUUGUUGUUCAUCUCUAGUGUGCAGAAGCCAGAGCGUAGGGAAGCACGGCUUAGGCCCGGGAGCUGCACACUCCACGCUUCCGCAGACUAACUCUAGGCCGCAGUGUUGAGCUUUCUGGUGCAGUGGUGCAGCAGUGUGCCACGGUCCUACGCUGGGGGAAGCCUCGCAGCGGUCUGACAAGGCCUGUUAGCUCUCCCUGUGCAAGUGUCGGGUACCCUUCAAUGUAAGUAGAAAUUCCCCCUGCUUUCUAAGAUAGGAGCAUUAGAUUACAGGCAUUUUUACUAAGUCCUUAUAGUGCAGUAAAUUACAAGUGUUUUCUACAGCAAUUUUUAUUAAUAGAAUGUUUUAAAUUAGACAGUUAAGUCUUUGCAAUUUAAAUUUUUAAGUUAUUUAUUACAAUUAUUUUCGUCUACUAGAUGGCUGCCUCAGAGGUAUAGAGACUGUAAAGACAUGUCCACUGAGAACUGCAGUGACAAAGGGUCUCACCUGGAUAACAUAGUGCCAAGAUGCCCCCAGUUUUCAGUAGUGCCAAGGGUCUGGUUAGAAGAUCUAAUCAUUAUUAGAUUAUAGUGGUAAUUGUCCCUUUUUAAUACGGGGGUUGAGUGAAUUAGUGUAAACAUCAUUGUUGGCAAACUGACAUUCCUGAAAACCUCUGCAAAACGUUUUUAUAUCCUGAUGAAUAUGUUAUGAGUUUAGACCCAUUUCGUGUACUUCACUUUGAUACAAUUAACCCAUAAACUGCUGUUAGCUUAUCAGUGUUCAUCUGUGGCCCAGACACUUUUCACAAGCUUUUUGAGCUCCAAUAAAAAUGAUCUAUUUUCUCUACUCUUCUGACAGAAAAGCUGGCAGCUCCUCUGGUGGGCCUUAUGUUUACCUGCCAAGCACAAUCUGAUCUGGCUGACUGCAGAAGUCAGAUCUCAGUCUAAAGUAUGUACUAUCCAUGUGUGUGUGCACAAUCUGAUCAUAUCUCAGUCUAAAAUGCAUGUUUGUGUACGCAUGUGUGUGUAUGCGCACAGUCUGAUCUGGCUGACUGCAGAAGUCAGAGCUCAGUUUCAAGUGUGUACUAUCGUGUGUGUGUGUGUGUGCGUGUGCGCGCACGUCUGGAGACCAGAGGUGAGUCUUGGGUGUUAUUCCUCAGGAGCUGUCCACCUUCUAUUUUAAGACAGGGUCUCUCACUGACCUGGAACAUGCCAAAGUAGGGUAAGCUGACUGACCAGCAAGGCCAAGAUCCCCCUGUCUCUGCCUCCCUCGUGUGGGAUUACAUGUGGAUACCUACCUGGCUUCUCAUGUGGUCCUGGGCUCACACUCAGGUCUUCCUCUAACUGAGCCAUCUCCCCAGCCUCCUGCUGGCCAAGGUUUAAAUGCAAAGGGAAACUGUAAAGUGAUGGUAGUCUGGUUCUUCUGUACCUUUGCCAUCAAGACAAUAGGAAUGCUCAAGUCCUUUCUACUUUGUAUCUAUAAACUGUAAUAAAUUAUUAUAUUUGCACAUCUCUGUUGGGUUUUGUGGUAAACGUCACCCUGAACUGUCCCUGUACCCAUCGCAGCCUGUGUCAGUCAGGAUGAAGGUAAGAGGCAAGUGAUUGAAAAACACCCAGAGUAAUGUUCAACAGAGCCCCCGAAAGAGGAGCUUGAGAAAUGUAAGUUAAUUCAGUAGGACAAAACAGCAACAAAACACCCAAAGACCUCAGUUUCCAGAAUGGUU